CACUGCCUCGUCAGGGCUGCAUGCUAUGCCCAGAAGCAUGUGCCCGCCGCCGCCCACGCCUGCCGCAGGACAGGACAGCUGGACGCCACGCCCGUCAGCCAAGAGGGAUCACAGGGACGUACCCUCUUGAAGGGGGUCUCUGCAGCCGCCUCUGCUCUCCCGGACCCGGCCGCCCCCCACUGACUCUGAGUGCACGACAUUGGGAGCAGGCUCCAGGCAGGCUACAUGCCGGAGGUCAUCUCGAGGUGGACUUGUUAUCUGAGGAGAACUCUAGGGGGAUCUGUCCACUGUCAUGUGUUCACCCCAGUUGAGCCCUCCUUGUUGCUCACGGGGUCACAGGCAACUGUGAUUCUUGGCGCUUGCAGGGUGACCAGUCAGGGUAGCCUGAGGGCAGAAUCGAUCCCAAGGGUCAGGUCCUGUGGGUGCCUGGCCCUCCCCUUCCUUCCAGGCUACCCUAGUGGGUCCUGUCUGCGCCUUCAGCCAGGGCAGGGCGCACCCCAGGGUCCCCCACGAGUUUCUGAGCUUCCCCUGGCUCUGGGCCCACCUCCCUGUCAUGCUCCACCCUGUUUCCGCUGCACCUGGAGGAGACGGGGGAGGGAGGCUAGGCAGCUGUGACCAGGGGCCCGAGCAUGCCUCCCUCUCCCCUUCUGAGGCGGGAGGACAUGGACGGGUGUGGACAGGGUGGGGCGGGCCCCGCAGGAGCCCUGCUCUUGGUUCUGAGUACCUUUGCCCCUCAGCAGCCAGCGUGUGCAUGUGUACAUACGUAUUUGUGACUUUCCUUUGGAUUUGUUUUUGUGUUUCUGUAAAUCGGUCCCCAAAUGUUAAGGCUCGCUGGCAGGGAGCAGUGACCCGCCCCCACCCCUGGGGAAAACGGGUCACAGCUCUUAAAGCCCUAGCAUUCAGAGGGUGGGCGGGUGUCUGAACUUAGGGAAGGGUGGGCCUGCCCCAAGCUGCUUGCAGGGGGCAGAGGGACAGUGUGUACAGACAUGUGUAUGCCCAUUGGUCCAGGUCUUAUUUUUGUUGGAGUCUUUUUUUUUUUUUUUUAAAUAAGAAAACAGUCCUGUGUCUACCGCACCCAGCCUGGCUCUACUUGUGGGCCCCGCACCUGAGGGCACAGACAGGGUAGAAAUGAUGAAGCAUGUGUUGUCUUCCAAUGCAUGGCAGGGCUGGGCAUGGGAGCGGGCGGCUGGUGGGAGAGCCAACCACGUGGUCAUGCCCAGUGGGGCUGUCAGUCUGUCGAUGUGUUUGGCUCUGGUGGUCUGCACUCUGUGUAACCCCAGAGCAGCCUGAAUGUCACAAGCAGGCGGCGACAGGCUGAGGAGGCCACUUGCAGGUGGUCAACAGGGAGUGCCAGUGUCCCUGAAUGCCUGGAUCCCUGAUCCCUUGCAGCCCAGCUGUGGCAGGUUCUGUUGGAGUGAGAGGGUGGACCCAGGGGUGGUGGUGUGAGUACCCAGCAAGGCCUGGCUCAGUGCCCUGGGCUUGGGGAGGAGGCUAGGACUUGUUUCCAUUGCUCCUAGACUGACAAAGGGGAAAGGUGUUAGUGACAGCUGAGGGUGAGAUGGGGAGGAAAGCAGCCAGGCUGGAGGGGCGCGACACUGGAUGGGCCCCCCAGGGGGUCCUAGAAGAAAUUAGGUGAGGCCCCUGCAGUGAGCAGAUGCCCACAACUGGUGGUACAUCCUGUGAAGAUCCUUGUCCUGGGCAGCGGGGACGAGGGAGGCCAGAGUCCAGACUUGCCCUUGAGCAGCUUCUGUCGUGCAGGUGAGUGGAUAGUAAAGUGUUAAAGUGCAUGUGGCAGGCACAGCGUGAAGAGGGGGUGGGGGGCUUGGGAAGAGGCAGCUCUGAGCCCAGGGCUGAGGUGAGAGCAAGGGUCCAGUUUGGGGCACAGACAACAGCUGGGCUGAGGUGGUGCCCCAAUCUGUGGGCAUAGCUGUGCAAAGGCCCUGGGGCAGGACCAUGUUGGAGGAACGGAGGGAGACCUGUGUGUGUGGAGCAGAAUGAGCAAGGGGGAGAGGGAGGAGGGGAAGGAAGGGAAGGGACGGGGGAGGUCAGGCAGGGCCUGGUGGGCCGAGGAGAGGAUUUGGGCCUUUACCCCCAGGGAGGAAGAACAGGACCAGGUGGCUGUGUGGAGACCUGGACACAGGUGGGAAGGGACCAGGGAGGAGGCUGUGCCCUGGCAGGUGCUGGCAGGACUACGGCCACAAGCCACUGGAGAUGGUGAAAGACAGCCAGGUUCUAGAUUUGUUAAUUUUUUUGCAUGUGGUGAAAUGUGCAUAACAUAUUAAGGUGUACAAUUCAGUAUGUUUUUAGUAUGUAUACUGUGUUGUGCUACCAUCAUCACUGUUCAGUUCCAGAAUUUUCCAUUCCUGAAAAGAAGCCCCAUCCCCAUCAGCAGUCACCCCCCCCUUCCCCCUCCCCAGUCCCUGACCACCAGGAACCCACUCUGUGUGUCUGCGGAUCGGCCUGUUCUGGACGUUUCCCAUCAGUGGAGUCACACCCAGUGUGCCCUUCUGUGUCUGCCUCUCUCACUGAGCGUCGUGUUUUCAGGGUCGUGUCAGUGUAUCACUCCAUUCUGUGUUGAGAAAUGUUCCCCAGCACGGAGGGACCCUGCUUGGGGUCUGUUCUGCAGUUGGUGGGUGUUUGGGUUGCUUCCACUCUGGCUGUGGUGGUGUGGGCUAUUGUGAACACGUGUGUGCAGACUCUCAAACUGGGUUAAGGACUCGAUGCGGGGAGAAGGUGGAGCUGAGAUUGUGGAAGGGAAAUUCAGAAAGUUGGUUCUGUUCCAAGAUGCCCCUGUGGGGGUGUUGGGGGACAGAAAAGAGGCGGGUGGACUGAGCCCCAGGCUGGCCCCACCCAGGAGCUCCAACGCGGGCCCCUCUCCUGAGGGAGGGAGGCAGUGGCUUGGAUGGGGGCCAGUAGGUCCAGCUGUUGCCAGGACGCUGGGGUGGCCUUUGUUGCUGUCAACAAUGGCCCCACAGGACUUGGAGGCAGGAGCCCCCAGGCACGCAGAGGCAGACAUGCAGACCCUGAGGCGGCAGGCUGCCUGGCCCUGUGUCCGCCGGGGAACCCUGGAAGUGGAUUUCCCUCCGCCUCUCUACAGCGAUGACUACCUGUCCCAGGAGGGGCCCCGCUGGACUCCGGCCAUCAGACAGGCCGCGCGCUGGAAGUACACGCCCAUGGGACGCGACGCGGCCGGCCAGCUGUGGUACACGGGCCUGACCAACUCGGACUCCCGGGAAGCCUGGUACACGCUCCCGCGGGCUCCGGACAGCCCGUACCGUGAGGCUUAUGCCCGCUGGCACGGGUGCUAUGGCCACCAGGAGCGCAGCCUGCCCUCGGCCUACACCCAGCGUCUGCGAGAGACGGCCUGGUACGACCCCAUCAUCCCCGCCCAGUACACAGACCCCAGCACUCGGUGGGGAAGCGUGCUGUGGAAGGACAGGCCCAUCAGGGGCAAAGAAUUUGCCAUCAACAGGCACCGUUUCGGGGUGGAACCGCUAUGGCGGGCGUCUGACUACGUGCGGUACUUGUCAGCGCCCCAGCGCCCGCGCUACACCGCCCAGAACUACCGGCAGUGGGGCCUGGAACCCUACUGUCCCGCCACCAACCAGCGGCCCCCGCCCGUCUAUACACCCAGUCACUGAUAAAGAUCGUGCUGCUGCCCGAGGCGGCUCUGCAGGGGCGCAGGCGCCACCACUCCCACCCGCCCUGGGCGUCCGUCCACCUCUGGGGCCGGGGCCUGGGGGCAGUCAGAUAAAGGGAGACCCUGGUGACCAAACUCGAGGCAGGGGCAGACAGACGCCCACUCCGGCCCCGCCCUGGGCCGCAGGCAAACCGCCAAGGCAGAGUCCUGGCCCCAGGCAGCUCUUUAUUCACGGUCAGCAGUGGCCUGGGCGCAGGGGAUUGCACUCGGGGACCCCAGCCAGGCACGCUGAUCCUCGCCGCCUCCACGGCCAGGGUUUGGGCCCGGCCGCCCAACCCCGAGGUUGGGGCUCCUGGCAGGCUCAGCGACAGCUCUGUCCUCCAGGGCCUUCCAGCACCCAGGAAACCCUUGGCUGGCCAGGGCUGAGCUCCGUGCAGCCCCUGGACCCAGGACCCUCAUAUCCGGCCCCACA